AUGAGAGUCUGUGCGAAGUCAGUCUUGCUGUCACACUGGCUCUUUCUGGCCUACGUGCUGAUGGUGUGCUGCAAGCUCAUGUCCGCCUCAAGCCAGCACCUCCGGGGACAUGCAGGCCACCACCAGAUAAAGCAAGGGACCUGUGAGGUGGUCGCUGUGCACAGAUGCUGCAAUAAGAACCGCAUAGAAGAGCGCUCACAAACGGUCAAGUGUUCCUGCUUCCCGGGACAGGUUGCUGGCACAACCCGGGCUCAGCCUUCUUGUGUUGAAGCUUCCAUCGUGAUUCAGAAAUGGUGGUGUCACAUGAAUCCUUGUUUGGAAGGAGAGGAUUGUAAAGUGCUGCCAGAUUACUCAGGUUGGUCCUGUAGCAGUGGCAAUAAAGUCAAAACUACAAAGGCAAGUAACACGGUAGCAAAGAAAGAGAGGUGUGCUUUGAUCCUGGAGCGGCAAAAAGAGGCAGAGCUCUCUGCUGUGGAUUACCUUCCUGGCCACUUUGCAGGAAAUUGUACUGGAUAUCAGCAACUUCACAUUUGUAUAUGUGUACUAUGA